AUGGUCCCUAGGUUGCCUCCAUUUAGGGGCUUUGAGCCUGCCAUAAGAGGCUCGGCCGCGAAAAAACUAUUGACUUACAAACCAAUAUUAUUACGUUUGAAGGCAACGAAUGCGAAGACAAAUGUCCCUUUGGCGCCGAAGAAGAACAGAUGGCUACGGGUCACUAUCGUAGCAAUCAUUGCCGGCGGAAUUGGCCUUUACAUCCGAAAUCGAGAGAUAAAUACUACCUCUACUCUCAACCCGGUAACGUUCACGAAAUUCAAACUCCUUUCCAAAGAGCCCAUUUCUUCAACAUGUAGCGUCUUUACCCUGCGGCCUGUGGAGCAAGGGCCAAACUAUGAAGUGUACCAGGAAGCCUGGAAAAGGGGACUUUGGAGUGUGCAGUUUAAACAACCGCAAUUGCAGGUGGGAAGGGAUUAUACACCAUUACCACCAAUACGAGAAGAUGAGUUAUCAAUUGACGAUGCGGUCAGGGAUGGCGAUAAUUUGCAAUUCCUCAUUCGCAGGGAGCCAGAAGGAGAAGUUUCCGGCUACCUGCAUUCACUGAAACCUGGGGCAAUACUCGAAUUUCGGGGCCCACAAAUGGAAUAUGAGCUACCAGACAGCAUUCGUGAAGUCGUGUUUAUCGCCGGCGGAACCGGAAUUGCACCUGCGUUGCAGGCUGCGUAUGCAAUCUUUGGAGAUAGGGCGAAGCGAGAUGUGAGGAUGCAUAUCCUUUGGGCAAAUAGGCGAAGAGAAGAUUGUCGUGGCGGCAAGGGAAACUCUGCUACCGGAAUGCCAAAAAGACGGUGGUCGUUGUUUUUAGGCAAUUCGGGGCAGAAACAGACAACGGAGCUUACAGAAGAACCGCAUGGCUUCACAGUCGCUCAACUUGAGGAGCUGAAAGCUCAAUCCCGUGGGCAGCUUUCGGUUGACUAUUUCGUGGAUGAGGAGAACACUCUUAUAAAUGAAGCUUUAUUAUCAAAAAUCAUUCAGAAAGCUGAUAACCAACCGGACCAUGAUUCAACACGGAAGUUGGUGUUAGUCUCAGGACCUGAUGGAUUCGUAAACUAUCUAGCAGGUCCGAAAUUAUGGAGAGCUGGGACUGAAGUCCAAGGCCCUCUUCAAGGCUUAUUGAAACAGCUAGACUUACAAGGUUGGGUAAUUUGGAAACUUUGA